AUCUGCUGCAUGAAGAGACAUCUGGUGGUUACGAGGACCUGAAGGCUCGGUAGUUUAAUAGCUGUGCUCGUGACAUUACAUCCUCUGAGGCGGGGAUGCUGGCGCGUGGCAGCAUGGGAAAAGGCUUUCCUAGCAGCUGGAGGUCUCCUGACGCAAAUUACCGAGCCGCAGAGGAGGUAUUGUGCUCGCUGCCGAGGCUGCACUGCCCUGCUGCCGAACAGAGGUGUCUUCCUUCCGAGCAUAGCUGCUCAGCUUCUCUUUCUGUAGCUUUCAGUAUGGAAGUGCAGUAUUUCUUGGUACUUACUGGAAAAAGUAAGGAUUCCAGGUUGAAUUCUACCCCGCAGCAACAAGAUCCAAGAUGAGUGGUGGUAGGUAAUGAAAGUAUGUUUUGAUGGUGGACUUUCUCUCCCCAUUAUUAUUCAGAUUAUUAAAAUUAAACACUGCAGGGCGUUUUGCUCUGUCAGGGAUGUGUUUGCUCACUGUCAGCGUUUUGCAGGUCUUAAGAUUGGGCCGUCGCUGGAAGCAAGUGUGAUAGGGAGGGCACGACGGAGCAAUACUUAAACCCCAUCGAUUGUUACUCUGUUAGCCUUUGCUACGUAGGUGUGCUUGCUUGGAGGUGCUUUUCAACUUUUUGCUCACCACCCUUAAAAAUUACUGAGAGAGAGGCGGCAGGCCCAGAUGUGCACAACUGAAGGUACUUGUGCUACCAGAUCCAAUUUAACUCCUCUCCCUCGUUAUUUCUGAAGAGCCUUUGUUAAGCUGGGUAUGUGUUACACAUACAUCUGUGUAUUUGGCUGGUGACGUACAGCUGAGACUUUUGACUAACCAGGCAGCUGUUUGCUUGCAGCUUUUCUCACUUGGUAAAUCAUUUUGAGACCGACUUUAUUCAUCUUCUAUACUUGGAACUUGGAGUACUUAGAAGAAAGCAGAUGCUUUGAGAACCAAAUGAAUCACGCAGCUGGAGCAGCGAUUUCUGACACGGACAUGUGAGUCAGCGAGGUCCUGCAGCAUGCCUGAGCCCAUUCUGCAGCACUGGGAAGCCGGGAGACACCGCUUCUCUCCUUGAGCUGCAGCCAGCACGCCUCCUCCGGGCUGCUCAAGAGAGACGUGCUCAAGAGAUAUUUUGAAAUAAUAAAGAUUUAAUACAUCGUAAAAUCAGCUGUGAAGUGAAGACUUUUAGCUGCUCUUCUCAGUGAGAAAAAGGAGCACAGGAGAGGAGGAUCUGCUGCAUUAACAGCAUCUGCCUGAGCUUUCCCCCUUGUGUUCCUGUAUUAAGUGUUUGCACAUGGGGGUGAGAGGACAAUGUCAAAUUGAAACCCGAAAGCCUAUGCUGAGCGUCUCCCAGAUGUAGCUGCAGGGAUGAGGUCUCAGAUGGGACAAUGCCUCUUCAGGUUUGACUUUGUUUAAAAAAUGCAGAAACUCAUGUCCUGGCACGCUUUUGUUUUCUUACACAAGUUCAAGGACUAUGCCCAAAGUGCAAGAGGGCACUCUGGUCCUGAAACCCUGCAGGCUUUGUCACUCAUCCCAAAAGUGCCAGGGAGGUGAGAUGCUGAGCCCAAAGGAAGAGGAAGAUGACUUGGGAGGGUGACCAUGGUGGCUUGCUCCCAGCACGGAUGGCAACGCGCCCUGGGGAGUGCUGUGGCGAGGCAGGGCCCUCGGCCCUCCUGACCGGCAGGGCAAGCAGGGUGGGGACGUGCUUGGCUUGGUCGGGAGCUGAGAUAGUUUCGCUUCCCUUUGCAUGAAAGACACAAUUUCUCACUUCUCUUCAGCAGAACAGCAGCAGGAAGGGAGUAUGUGUGACUGCAGAGGGGAGCUGGUUUUCAUGCCAGCUUGCAUCGCUGAGUGAUGUAAUGGCAGAAGCUUUCAAUACCUUCUCGUUCUGGUGACCAAAGAGCCUCCAAGUCCUGGCAGUUUUACCCUAAAACCUGCAGUAAAUGCACUGCGAUGGGCCAGCUGCUUAUGCCACUGGCCUCAGGAGAGCCGCUGCUGAGAUGGAGGCCCUGCUGCCCGGUCUCUCCCUGCUUCUGGUCCUGCUGGCAGCGGGAUGGGGAAAUGGGGUGGGCGCAGCCUGGGCGAUGUCUCCUGGUGGCUGCAAGCAUGUGCAGAGCACCGCAGACUGCACUGGGAGAUGGCUGAGCUCUGUCCCAGGAAAUCUUCAAGGUGAUAUUGAAGAGCUGUUGCUCAAUGACAACACUAUCCAGGUCCUGGGCCGUGCCUCUCUGCUCCCGUACCCCCAGCUGAAGCAUCUCAGCUUGUCCAAGAACCGGCUGAAACUCAUCGAGCCUGGCGCCUUCCUGGGCAGCCAAGGCCUCCACGUGCUCUCCUUGGCAGACAACCUCCUCUUCACCAACUACUCGCAGACAGCAGCUGCUCUUUCUGCUUUGCCAGCCUUGCGGACACUUGAUCUAUCUGGAAACUGCCUCACUGAGGACAUGUUAUCGGUUUUGCUCCUGAAUCUGCCAUCCUUGGAGUCCUUGUCAGUGGCCAGGAACAUUAUCAUGAGGCUGGACUCAUCUGUCUUCACCAACUUGACGCAGCUUUUGGAGCUGAACCUGGAGAAGAACUACAUCUUUGAGAUUGACCAAGCUUUUGAAGGGCUGCAGAAGCUGCAGAGGCUCAACAUAGCUUAUAACUACAUGCCAUGCAUAGUGGACUUUGGCCUGACCCAGCUCAAGGUGCUCAAUGUCAGCCACAACAUUAUCGAGUGGUUUCUGGCCUUUGAAAAUGAUGACCUCUUUGAACUGGAGGUGCUGGACCUGUCCCACAACCGGCUCCUAUUUUUCCCUGUGCUGCCCCGGCAGAGUAAGCUGCACUCCUUGCUGCUGAAGGACAAUGAGUUGAGCUUUUAUCAGCGUCUCCCCAACGGCACUUCCCUCGCAGAUGUCACCGUGCAGUUCCUGAUCAUUGAUGGCAACUCCACCAACAUCACCACGGUCAACCUCUGGGACGAGGUCUGCUACAGCAACCUCUCCUCCCUGCGUCUCCUGGACAUGAGCCAGAACCAGUUUUGGUACCUGCCGGAGGGCUUCCUGGCCAAGAUGCCCUCCCUGACCCACCUGAAGCUCAACCAGAACUGCCUGGAGACAUUCCACCUGUCAGAGGAGGACCCCUUGGCCAUGCUGACGGACCUUGACCUCAGCCAGAACCAGCUCGUGGAGCUGCAGGUGGGUGCCGGUGCCAUCCUGCCCAGCCUGCAGCUCUUCAACCUCAGCACCAACAGGCUGCGGGUGCUCCCUGCCGAAGUCUUCACCUACACCAGGAAGAUCACUACAGUUGACCUCAGCCGCAACCGGCUUGACCUGUGUCCCCAGCCGGCUGUUGCAAGCGAGGUGGAGAGUCCUCCCUGCGUGGACAUCAGGGGAAUCGAGACCUUGAGUCGCCUCUACUUGGCUGGCUGUGGUUUGCGGGGACUGGACGGCCAGCCCUUCCGAGGGACAUCGCUGACACACCUGGACCUCUCUGACAACCAGCAGGCCCUGGCUGGGGACCCGGGGUGGCUUCAAGACCUUGCUGCCACACUACGGGUUUUGUCCCUCCGGAACACCAGCCUCUCCUCCGCUGUGGUGGACUUCUCUGCCUUACAGAGCCUCGUGGCCUUGGACUUGUCAGGGAAUUCACUGAGCGCGCUUCCCGCGUCUCUGAGCGCCGUCAAGCUGCGCAGCCUCGACCUCCGGGACAACUGCCUCCCGGCUCUGCCCACGGACGUGGCGCGGACGCCCCUGGCGAGGAGCCUGCAGGAGCUCUACCUCAGCCGCAACCCCUACAACUGCUGCACGCUGGGCUGGUGGGAGUCCCUGCAGCGCGUGGAGCAGCUGCGUGUCCCCGACGGGCGCGAGGUGACCUGCAGCUAUGACUCCAGGACGCUGAGCGCCCGGGCGCUGCCCGAGACCGUCCUGAGGGCCUGCCGCUGGAAGGUGGCCAACCUGGCCCUCCUCUACCUGGUGCUCGCCCUGCCCACCUGCCUGACCCUCCUGGUGGCCUUCGCUGUGGUCUUCCUCAUGCUCAAGCAAAAGCUGCUAAAAAUGUUGAAGAGCCGGUGCGGGGCAUCCAGCCCUUACUGAUGGAUGGGGACGAGGAGGAGAAAGGGCCAGUGGCACUCAGGAUGGUGAGCGUGGGCGAGACCUUGGCCAUGAGACGGAGCGGCUGACAAGCAGCAUUUUGGUGCUGCUGCUCUGGGCACGUCCUCGCCCCUGGGCCACCCGGCGGGGAAGUGCUUUCCUCCAUACAGGGCGGUUGCUUUUAUUUAUUCAGCCUGCCACAGCUGCCCUCCACGUCUGCCCAAAGGACGUGCCCAGGGGCCAAUGCACCACCCUGGCACGUGGCUGCAUGGCGCUGGCACUGCUGAAGCCUGUGGUUGACUCCUGGUGUGAGCUGUGAAACCCCAAAGCCGCCCCGGUGCUUGGGAACUUCCAUGGUGACCACUUUGCAUUUGUGGGUUCUGGAGGGCAAGGGUUGAAAUCUAUGUGCAGAAGGUGAAAGAAGUAAGAGUGAGAGCUCUGUCUUGCUGGAUUUGUCACUGAAACUUCAGCCUGGAUGUCUCUGUGGGAUAUAUCACUAAGAAAAAAAAGGAUUGAAACAGUGACGGUGCCCCGAGCAGAACAGUCCCCAUCCCCACCCCACCCUGCCCUGGCUGUGGCACUGCCGCU